ACACAACACAGCUAAAUUCAGUGGUUCGUAGAGAAGCAGGUCAUGCAUUUAAACAUUAAAAAUCCAAGUGGAAAUCCUUUUUAUCCAGUGUCCCACAGUGCAAUACAAACACACGCGACAGAAGAAGCAUUCUGCAAGCCGCCACUGCUCUGCACAUUGCAGCACCUUGGAAGAGGGAGGGAUACGCCUGCACAGAGAGAGAGAGAUAGGGAGAGAGAGAGAGAGAGAGAGAGAGAGAGAGAGAGAGAGAGAGAGAGAGAGAGAGAGAGAGAGAGAGAGAGAGAGAGAGAGAGAGAGAAAGAGAGAGAGAAAGAGAGUUGCUCGCUGGCUGUCAUUCUUUGUUUACAAUGCAUGCACUUCCACCUGCGAAAACACUAACCAUCGACCAGCCACUGCACACCACAGGUUAAAGAGACUGACUGAACCCGCCUGAGAGAGAGAGAGACACCGAGAGGAAGACGCUUCUUCUCCCCGAGGCGUCCCCCGCCUCAUGCCUGUCUAAAGAGGAGACAGCGGCCCCACCGUGGCCCAUGAACUGUUCCAGUUUCCCUCCCUGCCGCCCACCUCCUCCCUCAAGCUGACGCAGAACCCCAGACACCUGCCCCCCCUCUCCAACCCUCACCCCCACUCCCACCCCAACAUGGUGUCGGGCACGGAGACGGUGCACUACAUCCACCUGCACAACUCCAGCCAGUCGGUGCUGGAGGCCCUGCGCACGCAGCGGCGCGAGGGCCUGUUCUGCGACGUCACGGUGCGCAUCCACGACGCGUCGCUGCGCGCGCACGCCUGCGUGCUGGCCGCCGGCAGCCCCUUCUUCCAGGACAAGCUGCUGCUGGGCCACUCGGAGAUCUCGGUGCCGCCGCUGGUGCCGGCGGAGACGGUGAAGCAGCUGGUGGACUUCAUGUACAGCGGCUCCCUGGUGGUGCUGCAGUCGCAGGCGCUCUGCAUCCUCACGGCCGCCAGCAUCCUGCAGAUCAAGACGGUGAUCGACGAGUGCACGCAGAUCAUCUCCCAGAGGAAGGCGGCGGCGGCGGCGGCCGGGGCGGCGGCGGCGGCGGCGGCCGCUGCGGCGGCGGCUGCCGCUGCAGCAGGGGACGCCAUGCUUGGGGGGAUCCACCCCAAGCAGGAAGAGCGCGGUGGCGGGGGGAAGGGGCGGGACGGCGGGGGGAGCUGCGCCGGCGGCGGGAGCGGGUACCCGACGUUCUCUAACUUCAUGGCGGAGUGCGCCGCGAGCAACAUGGGGGGCGGCGGCGGGGGCAUCGCGGUCAGCGAGAGUGGCGGCGGCAUGGAGGCCAACGCCGUGGGGCUGCUGGGGCUGGGGGACAUGGGCCCCGGGGGGAUGCUGGGAGGGGGCGGAGGAGGAGACCCCCUGGGGGGCGGCGGCGGCGGAGGAGGAGGAGGGGGCGGGGGCGCGGCCCUCAUGAAGCAGAGCCCCGGCUGCGCGCAGGACGUCCGCUACAAGCUGCGCGACCUGCUGGCGCAGACGGCCAACGGCGCCAGCAGCACGGGCAGCCUGUCGGCUAGCUGCAGCUCCGGGGUGGGCAGCGUGGACAGCGUGGGGCGGGCGGGGGCGGAGCUGGGGGACGACCUGGUGAACAUGGAGCGCUACAGCGAGGAGGAGGAGCUGCUGGAGGACCGCGGCGAGCGUGGGCGCGACGGCGAGCGAGACGUGCGGGGCGCCGGGCACAGCCGCAAGCAGAGGCAGCCGCUCCGACUCCAGGUGAUGGGAGGAGAGGGUGUGGUGGUGAAGGAUGAAAGCGUCCAGGAUGCGGACGGCAGCGUCUACGCUCUGCAGGGCCGUAGGCAGGACGGAGAGGACGAGGGGAACCAGGACUCCAUGACCAGCUUCGGACAGGACUUCUACGAUGAGCAGGCUGUCUUUCCAGAGAGCUUCUGGCCCCAGAGCGAACCAGCCCAGCCUAUGACCUUCAACCCCAGAGGGAGGGUCAACAAGCCUCUGACCCCACCCCCAACCUCUCAGUCCAUCAACAACCAGCUUCUGUUCCAGUACCCCCUGAGCCAAUCCCAGCCGGCGCCCUACUUCGUGGGCGGGCCCAUGGGCGGGAUGGACAGCAUGGCGGGCUCAGAGCCCAGUCAGCAGGCUCCGCCCCCGGCACCGCACACCCCUGCCUCAGCCCCGCCCACCUCCUCCUGCUCGGCUGGCCCCUCCCCCUCCUCCCAGGGGUCCGAGACGUCCUUCGACUGCACGCAUUGUGGGAAGUCCCUGCGCUCGCGCAAGAACUACAGCAAACACAUGUUCAUCCACUCUGGCCAGAAACCUCACCAGUGCUCCAUCUGCUGGCGCUCCUUCUCGCUGCGGGACUACCUCCUGAAGCACAUGGUGGUGCACACGGGCGUGCGCGCUUUCCAGUGCUCCGUGUGCGGCAAGCGCUUCACGCAGAAGAGCUCGCUCAACGUGCACAUGCGCACGCACCGCGCCGAGCGCACCUUCCAGUGCGGCGUGUGCCACCGCGCCUUCACCCACCGCACCCUGCUGGAGCGCCACGCCCUGCAGCACGCGCACCACAACCCCCAGGGGCCCGCCGGCCACGGCCCGGGGGCCCAGGGGCCCUCGCCCACCAAGCACAGUCCGCCUGGUCUGGGGGGGCCCUCAGGUAUGACAGGGGCCGGCGGCGGCGGAGGAGGAGGCAUGGUGGGGGGCAUGGCGCCCAUGGCCGGACACACCCUCGAGCACUUGGAGCGAGCGAGGGAGAGGGAGUAGAGCGAGAGAGAGAGAGAGAGAGAGAGAGAGAGCGAGAGAGAGAGCGAGAGAGAGAGAGAGAGAGCGAGAGAGAGAGAGCGAGAGAGAGAGCGAGAGAGAGAGCGAGAGAGAGAGCGAGAGAGAGAGAGAGAGAGACAGAGAGAGACAGAGAGAGAGAGAGAGAGUGAGAGAGGACAUAUAGAAUCCCCCCCCCCCCCCCCCCCCUUCACUCUGUCCUUGACUAGCCUGUUAGUCCUUUCUAUCAUUAGUCCAAACUUCCACGUUUCAACACAACGCCAAAAUAAGCGGUCUUAAUGUUGGGUUGUUUUUCUUAUCCCCCUCAUCAAACAUAUUACUAUUAUUGUACACAACCUGGAGGAGGACGUGAGACUUUAUUGUCCUGAUGUCUGCAGCCAUGCCGGUGUCUAGAUACUGGCUUGAAUCCUGUUCCACUACACGUCCGACAGAUGGGCACAGACGUUAUCAACCGACGCGUGUGGAUACUAGUUGCUAGUUAUGGGGCGGCGCUCUGAAGACGGUGCGAGUUGUGCGUUAUGAUGAAUCAAAUGAGUGCAGGGAACCUCGUGUUUUUACAAAGGGUCACCAAAGACUUCAUGAGAACAGGUGGAGUGGGAAGAGAGGAGGUUUUUUUUUGAUAUGAGAGGAGAUGUGGGGGGAGUGCGGGGUCGGGGGGGGGGGGUCUGAGUGGCCAAGGUGAUGGAUAUAAAUAUUAACUUGCACCAUGCAUUCAUGAAAGGUUUCAGAAUAUCGAUUGGAUUAUAGGGACGGAAAAUGCACAAAGAGAACGGCGGAAUGUAGGAGACACCCAGGUGCCUGAUCGGGUGUGAAGCCGGUUUGAAAAAGAAGGAUGUGAGGAAGGAACUAGGGAGUAGAAGUAGUUUUUCACACGUGUGACCUAGGAAUGUUGUUGGAUACGAAUUAAAAAACGGGUCCAUCCUAUUUAGGAGAAAUUUCACGACGAACCUUAGCUCUGUCCUUCCACUGUCAAACUCAACGUCGUCAAAAAGCAAACUUGAUUUAUUUUUUUUUCGUUAAUUUUUUUUGUAACAACUUUGUGUCAAAGUGGGACUUCCGAUGCUAGGCUAUCUAAAGGCUAAGCUAGCGCGUUCUAGUUCAGGGCGUUCGGGUUCUCCAGCGAUCUGGUCGUCUUUUACAGCAGAAAUCCUCAGGUUCUUAACUGUCGUUCCUUUGUUUGGGACGUUUGGAACAAAUCCUCAACCAUUACGUGCAGGCCGGGCUUUACCAGAGCUGUAGAGAUGUCCUUCAGGGCCCUGUCGGUCCAACCAGUGGGUCUUCUUGUCUGUUCGGGAAGGCCUUUUACAGAACGGUAACUUCUUAAGUUUGCCGAAAGAUAGCCCGAAUUUGUACCACGUGGUUGAUGUGACAGCUGUUUUGGCUGUUUUGGCUGUUGGUUAGAUGAUGAAUUUAAAGGUGAAAAUCUUUAGUGGGACAACUCUUAACAAGUUAAAGACUCAAAUUUGAUGUAGUUUGUGUGAGCUCUAGCGAAGCGCCUGUCCUAAACCUGGACAGGCGCAUCAUUUGAACAAGUGACCCUAUUUAGGUUUUCCAGGUCGCUAGCUGGCUCUGACGUGGUGCUGGAGUAAAAUAAAGAGGAGGAGGAGGGAGGAGGCACGACGCAACAGCGGCGUGAAAUAUACUCGCCAUCAUCAGACUUUUUUGCUACAGGCGCCACCGCCGGGAUCAUAUACCUCGAAUAUACAGAGGACUCUCCUUCUGUGGUUUUUAAAUGUUUGGGAAACAUUUGAGCAUGUUUUACACACACUCACGCACACACACUCAUACCUACAAAUACCUCGGUGGUCCAAAGAGAUAAUCUUCUCGUGUUUUAAGCUAAGUCGAAAAAGAAAAGCGGCCGUCUUAAAGCCAGUGGUGGACCCGUUCACUUUUUGAAACCUUACUAAAGAAAAAUCAAUGUAAAAUAAAUAAUAAUCUUGUUUGUCGCUGUGAUGCUAGGUUUGCUAUGCGUGGGUCAUGUGAAUUUCUGAGGCAGUGCGUGUCAUAGAACUGUAUCCAGCUAAAGAGCCAUUCUAAUCUAUUUGGCCGGGUGAAACUCGUCUGAAUCAUGACAAAUCAAUGAUGUUUUUAUCAAGAUCGCUGUUGACUUUAUGUUCGUAUGGUCUCCGGUCGAUAAGUGAGACUGGUUGAAAAAAAAAAAAAGGAAAGAAAAAAAAGAUAAAAUGCUUUUUCUCUCUUUAAUACACUUUUGUUAUUAUUUUUAGACAAACUAAAUCGAAAACGAAAAUGUACAAUCACCCCAAGAAUUUUGACCAAGUCAAAAAAGUGAUAGUGUUGGUUAUCACAAUAAUAUUUAUUACAAUUUGAUCUCUCUAUGCACAAUUAUGUUUGCACAUCAUGUUGUUUAGCCCUAGAUGUUGUGAUCCCGGAGUAUUUGGCCUGGUUGGCUUUUUUACCUAAAAAAGUUUGCCAUGGUAGUACUUCCUUGUGUUUGAUCAUUUUAGAUGUUCAUCCAUCCAAGAAUCGUUAUGGAAUUAAGCAUUUUUUAGAAAAAAUGUUGUCUUCUGAAUGGCACUAUUGCAUUGUGGAAUUUCCCCCAUAAUUUUGAGACUUUUUUGACCAAAUAGUUUGAGUGUAUAUAGAAGUAAAAACUGGGAAAAAUCAUGAAGUUAUAAGAAGACUUACUUUGGUUGUCUGGAUUUUGAAUCAGUGAGACCCAGGAAGAAAGCCCCAAUUAAAUCAUUUCUUUCCGGAUCUCACUUUAAAACAUUGGCAUGAAAUGUCCCCCGUUUUAAAUGGGGACCCAUUGACUUGUUUACGUAGAGUUGGCCCGCAGACGCACCGCUACGCACCUCAAAGAUGGACACCUCACACCUGCCGUAAGGUCCCGGUGAACGCCGACCUUUACUGUAGCCGCACCUACACUUUACUAACUGUUAACCGAUAUUUUGUGAAGCACAAAAUGUUUGAAGCUUUUAUUUUGGAAAGUAUUUACCUCAUCAGUCCAUGUUGCGGCCUCUCUGGUAGGAAGCAGUGUGUCGAGUUGCCAUGGAGACGCCUGUGCUCUGUACAGUACUGUGUUACCGCCAUGCAUCGUAAGCGUUCUGCGUCACCACGCAUCGUCCUUCUGUCUCUACUUUUAAGUUUAGGUUGUCGCUUUUUUUUUUACCAUUAUGUUUUAACUUCAGUGAAAUGACACAAGAAAAAAAAAGAUUUUUUCUAAAGAAAGCAUUUGUCAUUUGUCAUGAACUACAUCCUUUAUGUAUAAAAAGACUAAAGGCAUGAUUUAAAAUGUUAUCAAAACCUUAGAUGUUGUAUUCGAUGAAUUGAUUGAAUUUCUCUAAAUGAUUUCAAAGAUUUCUUUCUCCAAAUAAAUCCUUCUAUGGCUUUAAGCCGAA